AGUGACAUUUGCCGCCCAAUGAUGUGGGAGUGUUUAGAAUGAAGCCCUGCCCGCGUUUGUCAGUCUCUCCGCUCCCAAAACAAGGAAAAGUAUUGAAACAAAUACUUUCUUUAUCAGCACAUCUAACUUUUAGCCUACUUUGAAACAGUCUUUAUAGCAAUACCGCGUGCACACGGAGUCACUCACUACCGGGGCUGUUGGAUUAUUGUUUUUCAUAACUGCAUAUCACACAAUAUGUCAAAUAUAGGGAACUUUAUCGUAACCGAUUAAUCGAAAUCAACUUGAUUAAUACAGCCGAGUAAUCAAAAGGCACGUCAGUCGUGGUUUGUGUACUUUAUUGACGACAAAAAGGCCGGUUACCAUCGUUGUUCGAUCAGAGGGUGAGAAUGGGGCAUCCUCCACUAGAGUUCACCGACUGCUACUCCGACAGUCCAGAUUUCAGAGAAAGACUGAAAUGCUACGAAAACGAGCUGGAAAAAACCAACAAGUUCCUAAAGGAUGUCAUCAAGGACGGGAACAGUGUGAUCAACACGAUUAAAGAAUACUCGCUAGCAGUGCAGAAGUUCUCUCAGACCCUUCAGUCGUUCCAGUUUGAUUUCAUUGGUGACCAUCUGACUGAUGAUGAGAUGAACAUUGCUGAGUCAUUUCGUGAGUUUGCUGGUUUGCUGCAGGAUGUGGAAGAGGGCCGAAUGAUGCUGGUCCAGAAUGCUUGUGACUUGCUUAUCAAACCUUUGGAAAAGUUUAGGAAAGAUCAGAUUGGGGUCACAAAAGAGAGACGAAAGAAGUUCGAGAAGGAGAGUGAGAAGUAUUACUCUCAGUUGGACAAACAUGUGAACCUGUCCUCAAAGAAAAAAGAGACACAGCUACAGGAGGCCGAUGAACAGUUGGAUAAGGAGCGUCAGACGUUUUACGAGUCAUCUGUUGAAUAUGUGUACCAGAUUCAGCAGGUUCAGUACAGGAAGAAGUUUGAUGUUGUGGAGCCAGUUUUAGCCUUUCUGCAGAGUAUCCUAACUUUGAAUAAUCUCACUGUGGAGAUGACUCAGGACUUCCUUCCAUAUAAACAGGAGCUUCAGCUCAGUCUACAGAACACCCGUAACCACUUUGAGAGCACCAGAGAGGAGAUGGAAGAGCUAAUGAAGAGGAUGAAGGGGUCGGCAAAGAUCUGUAUGAGACACGGCCAGGCGACUAUGGAGGGAUACCUCUAUGUGCAGGAGAAAUGGGCUCUUGGCGUAACCUGGGUAAAGUAUUACUGUAAAUACUUCAAGGACAACAAGUUAUUCAUUAUGGUGCCAAUGGAACAAAAGACAGGAACCAAACAGACCACAGCUCAGCUCACACUGAAGUCCUGUGUACGCCGUAAAACGGACUCCACCGACAAACGCUUCUGCUUUGACAUCGAGACAAUUGAAAGGUGCAGCCCUGUCCUGCUCCAGGCUAUUUCUGAGGUCAACAGGAAGCAGUGGAUAGAGGCCAUGGAUGGCAAAGAGCCAAUUUAUCAUUCGCCCAUUCAAAAGCAGGCAGAGAUGGACCUGAAUGACCUCGGCUUCAAGUUCGUCAGAAAAUGCAUCAACUUUGUGGAAACAAAAGGGCUGACUCAGGAAGGGGUCUACAGGACUGUGGGCAGCAAUAUUCAAGUACAAAAACUUCUGAAUGCCUUCUUUGACCCAAAGUGUCCUGCUGAUGUAGAUUUCAAUUCCACUGACAUGGACAUUAAAACCAUCACUAGUGCGUUGAAAUUCUAUCUGCGAAGUCUGAGUGAACCUCUGAUGACCUACAGCCUGCAUGAAGAACUGAUCUUAGCUGCAAAGUCAGAGAAUCUGGACUAUCGGUUAGGGGCGGUUCACUCUCUUGUUUACAAACUCCCAGAGCGUAACAGAGAGAUGCUGGAACUGCUAAUCAAACACCUGGUCAGUGUCUGCAGCCAGAGCAGUGAAAAUCUGAUGACUGUGUCAAAUAUGGGUGUAAUAUUUGGCCCCACGCUCAUGAGAGCCGAGGAGGAGACAGUGGCGGCCAUGUUGGAUAUUAAGUUCCAAAACAUUGUCAUGGAGAUCCUUAUUGAGGACUACAGCAAGAUCUUUAAAGGUCCUCCUGAAGAAACCACUCUGCCUCCUAUCCCACCUCCAAGGGUGACGCCACGAAGACGGCAGCCAAUCACGAUCUCAAAACGCCCACCCCGUCUCUACCCCAGCCUUCAGCCUCCAGUUUUUGAGCGGCGAGAGCAAAACGGCGCCACCCACAAUGACGGCGAACCUGAGGGAGACACUGGCCUCACCAGUCCGGUUCCUCAUCAAAGAACGAAACUGGCACCUCCUUCCAUCUCUCCUCCAUCCAUCCCACUCUCCUCUCCGACAUCCCGGAAGCCUGUUAACCCCAGACCUGCUCUACGGCCCUUGGAUUCUGAUGUCGGCAGGCUUGAAGUUAGGAUACAGGAUGGUCAGAGAUCGGAUGCUGUGGUGACGACCAAUGGGGAAUCAGGAGUGACAGUGAACCGAGCUCAGUCUUUUCAAGGAAGCAAGCCACAACUCAAAAGAGCAACUGGAGAUGCUCAAGGGCUGAAAGGACGAUCUUUCUCAGAGAAAAGUUCCAUCUGCCGGCCACCCACUCGACCACCGGAUCCACCCUCCCGUAUCCCCAAUAAAACUCUAAACGAAGACACUCCAGCAUCAUAUGUCGCCUCCAAAACCAGAUUUUUUGAGAACGCCUCCAGGCAGAUGGGGAGCUCCUCUCCAAAUGCCUCAACUACAGCUUCUAGAGAUGAGAACACUAAAUAGGAACUUCCUUCCAGUCACUGCUACAACUUGUGAAGCAUUGUCUUGUGGACCAAUUAACACAUGUCAGCGUUCAACAGACUGUGUGUGUGUCUGGCUCAGGCCGGAGUCUGGAUGUGGUUUUGAUAGAUAAAUUAUUAUUGUUACUGACAGAGCAUAAAGGGGCUCCCCACAACCCCAGGUUUUUUUUUUUUUUUUUGUGUGUGUGUGUGUGUGUGUGUGUUGCACUGGGUACUGUUUUUUUUGUGCUUCACCGCCAAUGUUUGCACUUGCUUACUUUGUUGUAAAACUAAGUCUUUGAUUCUUGCUUGGAUCAAAGAACAAAAAGAAAGCAAUUCAUUUUUUUUCCCCUUUCUUAAACAUUUUGACCUUCCUGCACACAAUAGGGAGAACUCCCUCCCAUUCUCUCAUUCAUUGUGUCUCUCAAUGUCUCCCCUUCUCUCUGACCUACUAUAAAAAGAAACCGAUAAGA